CUUAACUUAGCAAUCAGAGAUCGUGAAAAUGGCGGCGUCGAUUGCCUCGCUUUCCUCUGGAAUCUCCAGAAUCAGAAGAGGGAAAUGUUGCCGAUCGAUCGGGUAUAGCUGUGACGAGAGUGUUCGGUUUGGUAUCAGUUCUUGUGUGGCCGUGUGUUCAUCUUCACAGAUGUCGAGUCCUUCGAAGAAGAAGAAGAAGAAAGUCUGGAUAUGGACGGAGAACAAGCAAGUGAUGACGGCCGCCGUUGAGAGAGGCUGGAACACCUUCCUCUUCCCCUCCCAUUCUCGAGACCUUGCUCAGCAAUGGUCCUCUAUGGCAUUGAUACAUCCCCUCUUUAUAGAAAAAGGAGAGCUUUUUGAUAGUAAGGACAGAAGAGUUGCCACUUUCUUUGAGAUUUCUUCUCCCGAACAGUUGGAGCAACUUCAUCCAGAAGAUAAGCAAGCAGAAAAUGUUAUUGUUAGUUGGGGUAUUCAAGUGAUACCUGCAGAGAAUAUUGUUGCAGCUUUUCAUAGCAGUCAAAAAACAGUUCUUGCCAUUUCGAAAACCACCCGUGAAGCUCAAAUUUUCCUUGAGGCCUUGGAGCUGGGUCUAGGUGGAGUUGUUUUGAAAAGUGAGGAUGUCAAAGCAGUCCUUGAGCUGAAGGAGUAUUUUGAUAGAAGCAAUGAAGCAAGCAAUAUUUUGGCCUUAACCAAAGCCACUGUAACUGAAGUUCAAAUGGCUGGAAUGGGCGAUCGAGUCUGUGUGGAUCUCUGUAGCAUCAUGAGACCUGGUGAAGGGCUCCUGGUUGGGUCCUUUGCAAGAGGUUUAUUCCUUGUUCACUCAGAAUGCUUGGAGUCCAAUUAUAUUUCCAGCAGACCUUUCCGAGUCAAUGCGGGGCCCGUGCAUGCCUAUGUUGCUGUUCCCGGAGGAAAGACUUGCUACCUUUCAGAGUUAAAAGCAGGUAAAGAGGUAAUUGUGGUUGAUCAAAGCGGAACUCAACGAACUGCUAUAGUUGGGCGUGUGAAGAUAGAAACAAGACCAUUAAUCCUUGUUGAGGCAAAGAUAGAUUCGGAUGAUCACACUCCUUAUAGCAUCCUUCUUCAGAAUGCAGAAACAGUUGCCUUAGUCUGUUACCAACAAAAAGGAGAUGGACAUCAAGCUACAGCAAUACCUGUGACUUCACUUAAAGUUGGUGAUGAAGCUAUGCUGAGAAUACAAGGUGGUGCUCGACACACAGGAAUCGAAAUUCAAGAAUUCAUUGUCGAGAAGUAAACAACCAAAGCUUGAAAAUUGUAGCAGGUAGGGCUGGUUUGUUACAUCUCAUGUGAGUUGGGGUUUUCCAGGUCUAAAAUAGCAUAUCAUGCUAGUCAAUUUAUUUAAGAUUUCUGAACUGUACGUAAAUCUAUGGCUUGUGAAUGUAUAAAAGAAGGUAGACGUUUACAAGAGUAAUGAAUUGUACGUUUACAAGAGUAA